CGUGGAGCCUGGGUUUAUGAGCCAGUAGGCAGAAGCAGGGCACACAGUGAGAAAAGAAAGAGCAAUAAGAGGGUGAAUAUUGCUAGAGAUAAGCGCAGCUGAAUCAAUCAAGAUGAAUCACAGCUCCAAUGAGAAAGAACCUGAGACCAUAGAGCCACUGCGUUAUCUCAGUAAAUCUGAGGUGGCGACCGUUGAGACGGAGCUUCUGAGGGACUAUCGCUUUGGACAACAGCAGCUGAUUGAAAUAUGGGGCCAUGCUUGCGCUAUCGCCAUCACAAAGGCUUUUCCUUUGAGCUCCCUGAGUAAAAAGCAGCCCACCCUGCUGGUUGUUUGUGGUCCUGAGCAGAAUGGCUCCAUUGGUUUGGUGUGUGCCCGCCAUCUGCGCAUGUUUGAAUAUGAGCCCACCAUUUUCUAUCCCAAACGUUCUCCUCAGAGUUUGCACCAAGACUUUACCGUUCAGUGCGAGAAAAUGGACAUCCCUUUCCUGUCCUACCUUCCAACAGAGGUCCAGCUGUUAAAUGAUGCCUACAAUCUGGUGAUCGACGCCAUCCUGGGACCAGAAACCGACCACAAGGAGGUCAAAGAGCCCUACGCUGGGAUGCUGGUGACUCUCAAACAGGUCAAAAUACCCAUCGUUAGUGUGGACGUGCCCUCAGGUUGGGAUGUUGACGAACCAGCAAAAGAUGGGAUAAAUCCAGAAGUUCUCAUUUCUCUGACAGCUCCCAAAAAGUGCGCAACGGGGUUCUCGGGAAAGCAUUUUCUGGCGGGACGAUUCCUGCCCUAUGACAUUCAGAAAAAAUAUGAACUUAAUCUGCCAGAAUUCCCCGGCACGGAAUGUGUUAUAGAACUGUAGCCAUUUAUGCAGACUUGUAUUUUGAAUAACAAGGAUGUUUUUCCCCUUUUUGUAUUUUCUAGAUUGUUCUGUGGCAUUCAGUUACUGACAAAUAUGACUAGAUACCUUGGAUAGUUAAGGUGAGUUUUCUGUGGAAGCUUGUUUUUGUUACAGAAUGACUUUUGUCUUGAAAUUUUGAGUAUAUAUCUCACAGUCCGGCUGUAUAAACUCGGAAUUCUAAGAAAAGAAAAAACGAAAAAAGAUUUCUCACACUUUAGAGUUUACAUCACACGAUUCUGAUUCCGAUUAUUUUUGUGUGUGUGUGUGUGUUACGGAAUUAAAAAAUACUAAAUUAUAAAUUUGUGUCUUUAUCUUACAAAUCUGACCUUUUUUUCACAUAAUUAUGAAUUGACUUUUCUUCUCAGAAUCAUUCGUUUUACGAGUUAUAACCUCAUAACUCUGUUUUUAUAUCUCGCAAUUCUCACUUUUUUUCUCACAAUUACAAGAAAAUCGGAAUCGCCUUUAAAUUUUUUCUUUAAAUUAAUCUUGUGGCAGAAACAAGCAAUGAGACCUAAGAAAUAGGUUUAGAAUCAUUUAUAAAUUUUUUUUUUUUUUUUUUUGCAAAUGUUUGACAUUUACAGUGUGUCUAACUGUUGAGUCCUCAAAAAUCGCCAAGUCUUUUUAAUGUCAGACAUAUUCAAAGUGCAUUACCCUGAUAGUGCCUCCAGUCUAAUGUGCACCACACCUACAAACCCAACGCAUCUCUGCUGGAAUUUUACUCCAAUUACAAAAUUUAUUUAUCUGUACUUUAUUGGAAAGGUUGUGUAGUAUAAUAAUAAUCCCAGGAUGGCAAACGUGUGUAAAUCCUUUUGUUUUUACUAUACAUUGCUCAAUGUACAUGUGUUUUCUUAGUUGAAUGAAUGAAUAAAUUAAGGUAUUGUAAAAACCAAGUUUAUUCAUUGAGAUGCCAAAGUCGGGUGUUUAAAGAAACGUGGGAUGUUGAAAACCCACGGAUGUUAUUAUUUAGCCAAACCUUGGAAAAUGUGCUCCAUUAGCCAAUAUUUGGGAACAAGAGGUAGCAACGAUAUUCUUUAGACCAUACAGUAUAUUAUUUCUUCCCAGAGAUUUAUUCAAAAGUCAGGAAAAAGCGUGGGUGAUAUAAAGGAAUGUCUCUGUCUAAAGCAACAACAGUUACAGUAUGUGGACAGGAAUACCGAUUCAUCACUAACACAUUAUAGGCCAUUUUAGGACAUUGUGUAAACUCAGAUAUAAUCAUCAAAAGGUGGACAUGAACUCAUCCGGAGAUCAUAUUUCUUAGUCUGCCAAUAAACAUUUUACAUUUCUGUCCACCUCAUAGAAGGCCAAAAAGUAUGUUUAUUGUCUUUAAACACGCAUAGAGAGCUCCACAAAGGUAACGGACAAAAGAAGCCAUAUGCACUCAAUAUGGUGACAAAGGAAAAUAUGAAAAUCUGUUUAGACUGCAAACGAAUUGGGGGGAAAUAUGUGCUUUUCUUGGCUGUUUAUUCUGUUUUGAUACCGCAAUUCCCUGUAAUCUUCGAUCUUUCUGACUUCUGAUCCUGAUUUUUUUUGUCAGACCCAUUUAGUGAAAUAUUUGCUGUGCUUCAAAAAAGGCUUUCAAAACAGCUGUGCAAAAAUGACUCGAAAUGUUGGACGACACCAUGGACUGGCGAGUGAACGCAUCUCCCCGUCAUGGAUGUGCUGGUCGUGCAUGAUCCUAGACAGUGGAACAGGACUGUACAUGUAGCAUGCAUGGGAAUAUUUACAAAUGGUUAAACACAAUUUGCUCAUGAACCAUGAGUUAGACUUCAACAUUUGGACUUAACAAUAAACGUUUUGUGUGGCACUCUG